AUGCAUAUGCAGAAGCUAAUAGGAGGUUCGGACUGGAAAGAGCACUCAUCCGGAGCAGAGAGAUACAGAACUCAAAACCUCCCAAACCGCACAAGCCCUGGAGCCUACGAGCUCGGCAUCGCCACCUCAGCUUCCCGCAAACUUCACUCCGCCUCCGUCAUCCCCGUUUACACCGGACAAGCCAACAAUGUCAGGGCGAGGCUGCAGAGUUACGGCCGCAGCGGCGCUCAUUUAGCCACCCUAUUUGCCGACGUAUUCACUCGAGGCCUCCCAAUCGUCUACCGCUGGGCUCCUAUGGAAAGCAAGGAGGCGGCGCAGAGGAUGGAGGCUGAGCUGCUUGACUCGUACGACUACGCCUGGAAUAAGAGAAACAAUGGCGAUCGUCGGCCUCACCCAUUUCUCACCCACCCGCAAUUUCAACUCUCUAUUUUACUAUAUUUCAAAUGCUCUAUACUUAGAUUUUGCAGGCCCACUAACUGA